CCUUCUUCCUACCCUAGAAACUACAUCCUUAAGCGACAUCUUCAAGACAGUCCGCCACAUCAAGUUCUAGUUACAUCCAACCCCGCCCCGCCUUCCUCCAAUACAUCCACGGCUCCAUCCAAAAUGGAGGGUGUCACGACAUCUUCGCAGCAUCCCAUACUUUCAAUAUUCGAUAUGAGCAAAAGGAACUCGACUACAUUUGUCUCUCUUCCGCCAGAACUCAUCCUCCGCACCCUGGUCUUUGUCGCGCGUCACGGAGGAGUCAAAGAUCUUGCACGCCUGCGACUGACCAGCAAAACUUUCUACAUCCUCCUCUCUGAUUUGGGGCCUCAGAACGACAGGCGGAUCUGGCGUGAAGUAGCCGUUGCCCUUCUCGGCGGCAUUACGCCCACGGCCCUCACGGUCGAGAGCACCUGGCAGGAAUUUGUGAAACGAAUAUGGGUCCUCUCGAAGCCCAACAGGAAGGAGAUGCAUAGCGACGGCAAGCCGCGCCACAUGCGCGAGAUCGGCCAAGACGAGGUGCUGUACACCGGGCACAACGGACCGUUCCCUGCGCCAGGCAAGACGGAAAAUGACGGGGACCUGCUGGAGUACGAGGAGUACGCCAAUUCGCUACGGUGGACCCAACGGAGAAUGCAUCCCGUGCCUGCGGGCGCCACGAGGAUCAUUGACUUCGCGCACUCCGGGACCGAAGGAACGCGUGGCGACAACGGCGGCAUCGCUUAUUCCGGGGCCGAUUCGGGCGCUUUCUUCACCUUUUCGGACGUGCCGGAAUUCUGGCACGACAUGGGCGGGAUCACCGGAAAGGGAUACUUCGUGGCGGACAUUGAGGCUGCCAAAGCGAAGAAUUACUUGGUUUCUGGUGGCGUGCAGGAUGUCCCGUGGCUGAGCGCUGCAAAAGCAGAAUUCGUGAACGUGGAGGGAUUCACAGAGUGGAUCAGAAGCUGUGUCCACUCCGAUGCAAACCUGAACCUCGUGCCCUUGACCAGAGAACUGGGUGAUGUUGGUCUGUCUUAUUUGGCCGUUUCCAAAGUCGAGAGAUACUCAACGCCGGAUGUGGUUGACAAGGUUUGGGAGUUUGUACACGAUGACCAGGAGCCAAUAUGGUCAGCUGCACAGGAUUCCACCGACCCUACCGAAUUGUUAGGACCGUGGGGGCCGUGGGGCAAUGACUCGAACUGGGAAUUCCGCUCUGCUGGGGAUUACCUUGUUAUCUGCGACGAUAAUGACGGAAAUAAGGCAUCAACUAUCAAAUGCUUCGUCCCUGGAAAAUCUGUAAAACCACAUUGGCAGCGCAAGAUGAUCCAGAGGAUCGGCAACCGCACAUUUUUUUGGGAUAAUGAUGGCGUGAAGAUGAAUUCUGCCGUUGUUGCCUUUGCCUCAAGAAGCAAGCGAAAUUUCGUCCCGUCAAACCACGUCCGCUCCGGUGCUAACAACCUCCGUGUGAUGGAGUUUGUUCUGUUAUCGACACAGACGGGAGAAAUCUUACACAUUCUCAAUAUGCCGCAAGAGUAUGGGCCAUUGCCAAUGGAAGAUGGCCGAAGUGUUUGCAUGUGGUGUUCCUUUGCGCUCACCGAAACCCUCCUCGCUGCAACUGUUGGUGGUAGGAUGCGGAAUGGAGCCGAUACUACUGGCCGUUAUGAAUAUCGAGAAGCCCUUGUUUGGAAUUUGACGGCUACCUCACGUACUCUUAGCCCCACCUACGCGAUACCUCUGCUGAAGACGUGGGACCACGCGGAGACAUUUGUGGCUUUGUCAGCUGACGGAAGAUGGCUCGGCAUUCAGGGCGACUGGGAACUCGCCGUCGUUGACCUAGCAAAACAAACUCCAGUAGGGGUGUGGAGAAUCACGCGGUCGUCGCGGGACAGGCAGUCUCAGGAACCAUGGGAAAUCGAUCGCACUCAUGGAUGGAACGGGGUGUGGGUUUCAUACCGAGAUGUGUAUGAGGACUCUUCCUCUUCCGAAUCCGAAACGCCCCCGUUAGAUCCUUUGGGAACCGGGACCGGGGAUCCGUAUUCGCCAUCUCCAAUAUACCAUACCUCGCGAGACGACAGUGGCCGGAAGGUGAAACACCACGUUGCAUACAUCAGCAGCCGAGUUUUGCGCCAUAUCAUAGACCACAACGAAAUAAUGAGGGACUGCGAGGUAGCAUUGAGGCCGGCCGACUUUGAAGUUCUUUCGGAGGCUGGCACUGUCUCCUAUGGGGACCACGAAUCCGAAGAUGACGAUGACGACGAUGGAGAAUCUGUGUACGAUUACGAGGACAUGCUUGACGAGACCGACACCGAACAAUACGAUAGCGACGACAUGAUUCUAAUGAGGGCCAACUAUACUCACGAUGAAGAAGACAUGUGGACAGACACCGACGAGAGCGUCCAGAAUGGAGAGGAAGCGGGGAAUUCUGUCGGAGCAUUUGAGGACGGUAUGGAAGGAUGGGGCUAUGACCCGGUUGGAGUUCUGCCCGGUGAAGAUAUCGGAUGGGGGCCAGCGCCUGAACCUGAGAGCAUAGGGUGGGAUGUUGAACCGCCGACAGAGACGACCGAGUGCGGAGACACAUACGAUGACCAGAUCAUGCAACAAGACGACGAUGUAACCGUUGCCCAUGAAAAUACAGGUUCAGGCUACGACGAUGCUGAGAACCACAACGACCACGAUCACGAUGUUAUCUGCGACGCCAUCACUGGAGAAUUUGCCUGCGAUGGCGGAUACGAAGAGGACCACGAUGUUACCUGUGACGACGUUGACGAUUAUGCCGGCGAUAGUGAAUGCGAAGAGGAUACCGAAGAUGACACUGACUAUGAUUAAGAAGGUGCACGCUACUGAUGGGGAAUACGGGUUUCUGUCUUCUUGA